AUGGCAGGGGACGCAUCUGAUCGACCACAUAGAAAAAGUACAUUACACGAGAAACGGCGAGCGGAACGAAGAUCAAGGGCCAUUAUCGCGGAAUCUGAAGCACCUUCUGAUCCAACCGAGUCGCAAACCUUAUCAGUCGAUUCCCUAGCAAGAUUAAAUGAUUCCCUUGAACGAGAGAAGAGAAGGGAGGAGAGGAGGAAGUCAAGGUCGAGGCCACCAGUGAAUGACGGCAAUGGACGAUCGAGGGAAAGAGUGUCACCUAGCAAAGAUAGAAGACGAAGGCAGAGCGGUUAUGCGACAGAGGAUUCUAGCUCCCCGAGUAAAAAUAGAAGGAGGAGAGAAGGCGAUUAUGAUGAGAUUCCAGGUUCACCAAGGAGAGAAAGAAGGAGGCGGGACCAUGGAUAUACCGAUGAUGAAUCUGGUACACCAAAUAAGGACAGAAGAAGGAGAGAACGAGGAUACACCGACGAUGAAUCUGGAUACCCCGGUGAAGAUAGAAAGAAGAGGGAGCGCGAAUAUUCUGAUUACGAGACAGCGGCAGAAACAGCUCUACGUAUUUCAAAACAGAGAAGAAAGCAAAAUGGCAUCCCAGAACCAAAACAAAAUGCUCCGCGUAAAGCGCAACCGACUUUGAAGAUACCAAAUAAAUUCACAGACAAUGAAGCAGUAUAUGAGAAGCCUCGGAAAGAACCUAAAACAAAGAAGCGGAGAGUUGUUAGUGGAGCACUUUUGGAAGAAGGUGAAGGAGAGCUGAAGCAACGAAGAAUAUUCAGCGGUGCAGGACUGAAAAAUGAUUUAAGACAUCUGAAAGGGUUGAGAGGUGGAUUCGCGCCUACGGAAUCAAGCUAUUAUGAGAAGUAUAUCGAAAGUGACGAGGAGUUUAAAAAAAGGCGGAAACGCAUAUGUGGGUUUUCAAACUCUAGGUCGCAAAAAUUAUGUUUAGAGCUGAUAAUGUAUUUAGGGAUUGGACUUGGAAUUGGAGUAGUAAUCUUGAUAAUUAUAAUAGCAGUUGCUGUGAGUGCUAGCAAAAAGCACACAUCAAGCUCCUCGUCGUCUACAGCUCCCACACCAGCGAAUGGAAGUCCUCCAAAUUCAAAUCUUGAUGGCAUGUCAGAAAGUGAUAUUCCAGUUGCAGCUCAAGGGACAUAUUUGGAUCCUUUCACAUGGUACGACACGUUAGAUUUUAAUGUUACUUAUACGAACGAGACUAUUGGAGAUCUUCCAGUAAUGGGUUUGAAUAUUUCUUACAGCGAUGAUGUAGCACCAAAUUCCAAUGCACCCAAAAUAUCUGCAGACUGGGGAGCCUACACUUCAAGACCAGCCAGAGGUGUUAACUUAGGGGGUUGGCUUUCUAUCGAACCUUUUAUUACGCCAUCUCUCUUCAAUUCUUACUCAUCAGCAGAUGGUAUUAUCGAUGAGUGGACACUGACCACUAAGUUGGGUGCCAAAGCAGCUGCAUCUACUCUCGAAAAACAUUAUGCAACCUUCGUCACUGAACAAACAUUUGCCGAUAUCGCCGCUGCUGGUUUAGAUCAUGUUCGAAUACCUUACUCAUAUUGGGCAGUGAUAACUUACGACGAUGAUCCCUAUGUUUUUCGCACCUCAUGGCGCUACCUUCUCCGUGGUAUAGAAUGGGCUCGCAAGCAUGGUCUUCGCAUUAACCUCGAUCUUCACGGACUUCCUGGAUCCCAAAAUGGUUGGAAUCACUCCGGUCGUCAAGGACUUGUUGGUUGGUUAAAUGGAACCAAUGGCGACCUAAAUGCUCAACGUAGUAUUGAAAUCCACGAUCGACUCUCCAAGUUUUUUGCUCAAGAUCGUUACAAAAAUAUUCUUACUUUCUAUGGCCUGGCCAACGAACCUAGAAUGACAGCAAUCGAUCCUAAUUCUGUUUUGAACUGGACAUCCGUUGUGACGGAUUUAGUGGUGAAAAAUGGCAUCACAGCGCAGGUCGUAAUUGGAGAUGGAUUUCGAGGGCUCGAAAAUUGGCACGGUGAUUUGACUAGUUAUGACAAUUUAAUUCUAGAUGUUCAUCAAUAUGUCAUCUUCAACAAUGGUCAAAUUCUUUACAACCAUACGGAAAAAGUUAAUUAUGCCUGUACUGGCUGGACUCAGCAAACCGAAUUAUCCAUGAAUAAAAAUACGGGAUUCGGGCCCACGAUGGUUGCAGAAUGGUCUCAAGCCGAUACGGAUUGCGCAACCUAUCUCACGAAUGUGAAUCAAGGGAAUAGAUGGGAAGGUACAUAUAAUUCUGGAGAUCCAUCAACAGAGCGGUUGACGCCAGAUUGUCCCACACAGGAUAAUACAUGUAGUUGUACGAACGCAAAUGCAGAUCCAAGUACCUAUAGUGAUACGUACAAGAGCUUUUUGAAGAUGUUUGCCGAAGCGCAGAUGCAUAGUUUUGAGUUGGGUUGGGGCUGGUUUUAUUGGACUUGGGCUACGGAAACUAGUGAGGGGGGUGGAACACAGUGGAGUUAUCAGAGAGCAUUAGCAGCAGGCAUUCUUCCAAAACUAGCAUACCAACCGGAUUUUAACUGUUCAACGACAAUUCCGAGCUUCAGCGAUUUACCCGAGUACUAUUAG